UAUAAAAGCGCAAAAUUUUAAAAGUGCGUUCACUCAACAGCGGACAGAUCUAGAGCAACAGGAAGGAUGCCAUGUGCUGCGCCCUGUAUCAAGCACAAAGGACACGGGAGUCGACUCCCAUUUCUCCGAAUCUUCUCCUCAUCCUACGCCAACGCAUCGCUCUUCGACAUAUUGUUCCUUGCACACGCAGACGUCUAGACGGUGGAUUCGGCGUUUCUCUUAGCUGGCCAGCUAAAAUCUUCGCUUCUCCCCACGAGGAAUCGUCGCUCGGCCAUCUUCGCAGGAUACUUCACCUUUUUGCUGUCGUGGGCUGGAGUCGUAGUGUCAUUGCAUAUUCCCAUGCUUUCCAGGUUUCUUUUUUAUUACAGGUCCAGGAAGCAGACUGCAAACUGAUGGGCGCCACCUGUGGGACUUCGACUUCACUCCUUAAGGACAUAGAAGAUGAUGGGCGCCACCUGUGGGACUUCGACUACACUCCUUAAGGUAUGUAAUCUUUUUUUCUUUUUUGAAGGGGAGUUUGAGAAAUGAAAGAAAU